GCUACCCGGGUGACGAGUCGGUGCUUUUAUAGCGCCACUCCUUUCCUGACACGCUUCACCGGCCACUUGACACCUGCCGCUCCUCUUUGAUUUCACAAGCAGUAAACGCCGUCUUACCUGCUCACGUCUGCUGUCACCUCGUCAGUCGCUGGUGUCCCAGCAGGGCUGAAGGCGGUCACCUGGAUUGACGGCCGAUGUUCAUGGGGCUGCGGAUCUUCUGACUGCUCAGCGGUUACUCAACAUCGUCUCAAGUCUGUCGCGAUGAGCGGCCCCGGCCAGUCGUGUCUCCAGAGGGUCAGCAUCGCCAUGGUCUUCAUCUGCGCCCUUCACUUAGUGGUGGUCUUACUCUACUACUUCAACACCUUCCAGGCUAUGAAGACCUUCAUACAAGCUCAGCAGCAGCACAAGGCGGGGGACAAGCGGGUCAAGGUGACCUGGGAGCUACCAGCAAUUGUCACGAGCGGACCGGACACGAACUCGACAACAACGCCGCCCCCAGAGAUAAGGGACCGAUCCGCCGACCUGCCGCCGUGCCCGGAGACUCCGCCACAUUUGGUGGGCGCCCAGCCGGUGGAGUUUUCUCACCACAUCGACUUGAAUGAAGUGAAGAGACAAAAUCCUGAGGUUCGAGAUGGGGGGCGCUAUAUGCCCAAGGAGUGUAAGGCUCUCCAGAAGGUGGCGCUGAUCAUCCCUUUCCGAAAGCGGGAGGAGCACCUGAAGUACUGGCUCUACUACCUGCACCCCAACCUCCAGCGGCAGCAGCUCGACUACGGGGUCUACGUGAUCGAGCAGAGUGGUGAGACGAUGUUCAACCGUGCCAAGCUCAUGAACAUCGGGUACGCCGAGGCCCUCAAGGAGUACGACUACGACUGCUUCAUCUUCAGCGAUGUGGACCUCAUUCCGAUGGACGAUCGAAACAUCUACAAGUGCUACAGCCAGCCCAGGCAUCUCUCCGUGUCCAUCGAUAAAUUUGGGUUUAGGUUGCCAUACAAUCAGUGCUUUGGAGGCGUCUCGUCGUUCAGUAAGGAGCAAUUCCAAAAGAUCAACGGCUUCCCCAACAACUACUGGGGCUGGGGCGGCGAGGACGACGACCUCUACAACAGGAUUACUUUUCGUGGCAUGAGCCUGUCCCGGCCUGACGUGGUUAUCGGAAGAUACCGAAUGAUCGUCCACGAGAGGGACCAGAAGAACGACCCCAACCCCGAGAGGUUUGACAGAAUCGGUCGCACCAAAUUAACGAUGGACUCCGACGGCCUCAACUCCCUGACAUACAAAGUGAUUGAAGUUCAAAAGCAGCCGCUGUACACUAAAGUCAUCGUGGACGUGGGCAGCCCCUCCCGCUAGCGAUGAAGACGUGAGGCUGAGGGGCCAUUUGAGGGUAUCACACAAUGGAUCCCGAAGUGCCUUUGUGCCCACCUCUGGGGGGUUCUUGAGUUUCUGGACAGACUCUUCAUCACUGUGCCUUUGACAGAUGGACAGACUUGGACCGAGGUCACUCUGGAGGGCCAAGUCGAUGAGGCAGAAGUCAAGAAGUGCCCACCACAGGCCAUCUGCUCCUCGCCUAAGCAGCCUAUCCCAUUGGUGACCUGGGCUGGUCCCUCUAGGCAUGAUGAUGGAGACCAUCACCUAUCAUCAUCACUUCUAGAAGGCAGACCCUGACCCUCCAGCAAAAGCCAACUGACCCUCAGCAGGGACGGCCAUCCUCAUCAGCCAUUGAUUGGACCAAGUUGGUCCGUGGUUUAGGAUUCAUCCUGAUGGCAUGUGUCACCACCUGAGGCCUGCUGUGUCACCGAGCCGCUGUGACAUCAGGGAGACCAAAGAUGAACAGAUUUAAUCUUCUAAUUGGACUGUCCAACAUGUGCUCAUGGGAUAUCCAGGAUGGGGUGGGCAGCCAUUUGGCCGAGGUCACCUGGACUGUGACAGUGUCAACCCUUCAAUCACUUUUUACUUUCCUGUCCUCCACUGCUGGCUGGCCGCGUCUCAGUUACAUUUUGUAUUUUUAUUUUUAUAUGUUAGUCAAUCCAGAUUUGCUGUGAUUUGUGUGUGGUGUGCGGGUUUUGUUAUUUAUUAUGGCAGGUGUUCUGAGCCCACCCUGAGUGAAAGGUGCUAUAUAACAAUCCAAUAAAAUGAAUAGACCUGG